CAAGAAAAGGUUGUUCACUUGUUGCCCAACGCUUCUCUCUUCCAGGUCUUCCAUUCCCCAUCCAAUUCUUUAACCCUGCAUCGAGCACAUCACCAUUUCCCCUUUUUACUCGGAAAUUUUGCUCCAAAUAACUUGUCUUACUCCACUGUCACACUAAUCUUCUGCUAUAAGCUUUGCUCCCACACACAUUAUAUUAUCAAUUACAGUUUCUUAAUGACAAACACCUCGUAAUACACAGCCAUAAUCUCGUAAUUUUAGUUAUCUAUAUAUACAAGAAGCCAAAUCGUUACCAAAGUGUGUUACGUUAGUUGUUCGUUCAAUUCCCAGAAAAUUAAAUGGAAUUCUCAUCAGCUGCCAUGAAUCAUUGGGUUCUACGUCUAGCAUUGAGCUUCAUCCUCGUUUCCCAUUCCAGAUUAGGAGUGGGAGGGGACUAUGAUCAGCCUCACACGGGUGCCUCGGGAGUUCUUGGGAAUGAAUAUAUACCCAGUAAUGGAGGGGGCAAUGGAUAUUCAUCGGAAAAUGGAGGCGGCAAUGGAUAUUCAUCGGAACAUGGAGGAUCCUACGGUCAUGAAAAUCCAGAUUAUGUUAUCUCCAAAGCCCUCUUAUGUUUCGAUGAGAAGAAUAUAUAUAGCAGCUGUGAAGAAGCUUACAGAUUAAGUGCGAGUGGAGAGCUUCAUGUGCCACCGGAUUGCACAGAUGAAUUCUGCAAUGGAGCUUGCUUAAAAGAAACUGACCUCAUCCUUCAUUGCAUCGAAACUGUUCUUUCAGACUUUGAGUUUUACAACAAGGCUACCAUCAAUGAUGUGAGGCAUACCAUCAAAGAAGGAUGCAGCUAUGGCCCUAACAGAGGUAAUUUUGAUGUGGCUGAGCAUCUUCAAUAUGAAGAGAACAAUGCAUUCCAGGCUAAUUACAAGGCUGUCUUGCACAACCUUAGUCUCAUGGUUUUGGCUCUGUGGUUCUUCCUCUAGAGCUUAUUAUUGUCAGAAUAGAUGAAGAAGGGAUCUCUGUGGUAUUAUGUGAAGAAAAAAAAAAUACUUUCUAUUACAUGACUGAAGGUUUUAGAAUAGUUGUGAUUCCAUAACAACUACUAAAUAAUUUUAUUAAUUCUAGUUUCAUGUUCCUAAUAUUGAUUUUGGAAAGUCAUUAUACUGUGUCAUAUGAUUUAAUUAGUAGAAUGAUUGAUACUAUAUUCACGGAUAACUAAUAAAUAUAAACAUU